UAUUAAAAAAUUGGUAAUAAAAUUGUAGAACGACUAUUAGCGAGUAAACACGCCAACUUGUUAUUUGUUUCGGAGAUCCGCUUUAAAAUUAGUUCCCAAAACGUGUUUCAUGAAUUUGGUUGAAGUACUGUAUAUGUAUACUUGUUUCGUUGUGAUAUCUUUUUUCGAGAAUGAUCUUACAGUCCGGCUUUGAAAUCAAAACGCGUUCACACUCCAACAAUUUGAGGGAAUACAACAUCCGUUUGAGUUAUUAUUCGAGAAUGGGAAGUUCGAUGUUAUUGGAGUGGACUUCCAUCUUCAGCCAAUGCUCGAAAUGGCGAUGACCGCAUAAGCUGUAUCACUGACUAAUCCAUCACCCACGUGAUUAAAGUACAAACUUGUUUUGCCUGAAAGUUGUUGACUCAGUUGUUUCAUUAGCACAAAACGCGCGAAACGAUGACAGGUUCUUUUGUUUUCGAAGCACGUACAGCGAUCGAUUUCCAAUCGAUACCUGCGAGUUAUUGGACCACGGGAUCGUGACGUCAAACCUUGCCCCACCAAGGAGAGCAACUACAAUCACCCAACUUGGAUUUCAGUAGUGCGUCAUCGGAGUUCAUGUUUUGAAAUUUGGUACGGUAUUAGAAGGUGCAGAAUACCCACCCAGACAUGUUCAAAUUAGUCCUGGAGCAUGCUACAUCAUCCGAAAUUUAGGGGAAAGGUUACUUAAAAGAUUAAAGCGUGUACUUGAUGCGUAACUUGUGAGGUUUCUUCGCUCGUGAAAAUGUACACAAUCUGGUUUGAGGGUCAUCGAUCUACAACGUGGUCGUACUUGGUUGUCCUUUUGUUGAUUUGCUCCGUUCUACAGCAAGCGACAGCUCAGGUGCAUUUGUUUAUCACAAAGGAGGAUGCCAUGACACAUCUGAAAAUGAACUUCCAAGGAAAAUUGUAUCUCAUUCACAAGGGAGAGCCAACUACCAUGGUGCAGGAUACUGGUGCAUUUUAUCGUUUUAUGUCACCGAUAGAUUCGUCCGUUUCAACGAUUCAGCUAAGCUGGUUUUCAAAUCCGCAGGUUUCUCAUUACAGCAUGAGUUUCAAAUCAAGUGAUCAUAGUAUAAUGCCUGAUCCCGUAGCAGCCAUUCCUUUAGAAGGAAUAGUUCCACAUGCUGAAAAAGCCUUUCAGGUUUCCUUCUAUUGUCCUGGUACUAGGAAGGGAGAAGUUGACAUGACAUUUGCCCUCAACUACAGCAAAAUCAUUUCAAGUGCGGUGGUGACCAAGGAGAUCAAAACAUUUAUGCUUGUAGUCAGAAGACGUUGUGAAAAAACAGUAGUAGUUACAGGUGGCAGUGAUAAUUUCACUGAACAAGUAACGUCCUCACCAUGGUCACGCAGUAAAGUUGUGGGACUCUGUGCUGGUUUGACGAUUGUUACCGUAUUAGUUGUUGGGCUGGCGUUACUGUGCCGUUAUAUUAUGAGACAGAGGAAGCUGAAGAUGGAGUUCGAAGAUGAUGUGGAAAUGUACCGCAGUGGUAGCAGCUCAUCCAAGAUUUACAAAAAGGAAGAGCAAAAGGAAGAAGUUGAUGAAACAGUGGAUUCCUCAAAGCCAGGGCUGUUUUACAGCCCACCAAGGCCUAAAUAUCCACCUGCUGGGGGAGGAGGACGGGGUCGGGCUAAUACUAGUGGCAGUGACUCCUCAACAACUGAUCUGAUAAUUCCUGAGGAAAGUAGUGAUACCUGCAUUCAAAAGCAAUCAGAGGGAAGGAAUAGCGCUAGAGAUGCCAGACAAGGAGCAAGACAUAAACAUCGACGACAUGAGCGACAAUGGAAACAUGGAAGUUUGUCUAAUACAAAAUACACCUGGAUACAAGAGAGACCUUUGUCAUCUUUUCAGGAAACAGAAUCUUUAUUGGAGAGAAGAAAUACUCCUGAUGAAACUCAAAAUACUGAAGGACUCUUGACAGUCUUAAAUGAAUUUUGGGUGACAGAACUUGCAGAUGUUUUGAUACCACGAGACCAAGUGUCAGUAGGAGAUCCUUUAUAUAGAGGAACAUUUGGAUGUUUGUACAAAGGCUCCGUGCGAGGAUUAAAUGAGGAGCAACCUCGCAAGAAAAUGGAAGUGUUCAUCAAAGCACUUCAAGAUGAAGCAGACAUGGACACUAUUACAUCUUUUAUGCAGGAAGCUAUGGUCAUAAAAGGCUUCGAGCAUCCAAAUGUGGUGGAACUUGUGGGUGUGGUUCUUCAACGUUCUACACCACCUUACAUUGUAACUCCCCUAACAAGAAAUGGAGACCUGGGACACUUUUUGAAGAUUUCAAGAGCAACAUCUGCCAGAGUACAGACAAUUACCUCACGCCAACUUAUCAAAUUUGGAAUUGAGCUCUGCAAAGGAAUGGAUUAUAUCACUCAGAAAAAGAUUGUUCACAGAAAUCUUGCAGCAAAGAACUGCAUUGUCAAUGAUGAUUUGAGUAUAAAGAUCACUGACUUCAGUCUGGCCAGAGAUGUGAACACAACCAAUCUGAAUGACAAAGGAAUACGGUCUAGACUACUUGUUAAAUGGACAGCGCUUGAAGGUUUAGCAGAGGCAGGUCAAUUUUCAGAAAAAAGUGAUGUGUGGUCAUUUGGAGUUGUUCUAUGGGAGCUUGUAACUCUUGCUAAGGCACCAUAUCAAGCUAUUGACAAUUCAAAAAUGCAGCAGCAUCUGCAAGCUGGACACAGACUACCUCAACCAAAUAACUGUCCAUAUGACUUAUAUUUCUUCAUGACGAGCUGCUGGGAAUCCAGUCCAAAUGCAAGACCAACAUUUAGUUUGUUAUUAAAGCAGUUGGAACACUACUCCACAAAGCUGCAGCAAAAUGGAUUCAAGUUUGAGUAUCUGCCAGAGUCUGACUGUUAAUGAAGGGAAAUUUCUAGCUGUUCAGGGCAUAUUGUUAUUACUCAAAUAUAUAAUUUUUGUAUUCAUCAUUGUACCAUAGGAAAAUAAUAAUUUUUGUACAUUGUAUAGAUUUAUCAAAUGAUAGCCGUUUAAAAUUCAUGUAGCCUUUAAUUGAGGUAUGUUUAAAGCGGGGCAUAUAAAGAUUCUUUGGUUGUAUUAUAAAAGGAGGGUCAGUUGUUUAAAGAUAUUAAGGUACUAUUUAUUAUUGAAGGUGAAGUUUACUAUGUAUGUCUGUUAAAUUUUGCUUUUGAAAACACAAGCAUACGGGAAGACUUCCAUUUUACAAAGUGUAGGUUAUGGGUCAGUAUUUUCGUAUGAUUUUUUUCAGUGUUGGUCAUAGCUCUUUUCUAUUCUAAUGUUGUGUAAUGAUUGUGAAAUUAAAAUCCAUUUUUCAUUAAGGACGUUGUAGUUUCGGGAGGAAGCCCCUGUCAACAGGAUCAUAAUCUCCUAGAGAUGGAUCACAAUUUUGGAUUGUAAAGCUGUUCUUCAAAUGGAACACCUUGUAUUUUUCAUUGUGAUUCACUACUAUCUAGCUGCCAUAAAAUUCUAUGCAUUUUUUUUUUUUUUUUUGUUGCUGUCUGGUAACGUUGUCGUUUUUCCUGAGUAACAUUUUAGUGUUUUGUUGUAACCGUCAUUGGUGGCAUUCAACGUUGGAUUUCGGUGUUCACAUGCAAGUCAUUAUGUAAAUAGUCACAGUUCCUACCCAGAUUUUUCUUGGAAAUAUUUUAUAUUCAAGUUAUGCUGUGUUCAUCUUGUUUGUUGAAAAUCAACAUUGGCAUAUGUAUUAUAUAGUUUUGCCCCCACUCUUAAUGUUACUUCGUGGAUGCUAUUCAUUAGAAAACACUAUGUAUGUUGUUUGGUAAACCAUAUUCGUAUUAAUAGUAUCACAACAACUUUUAAAUUAAUUCAUAACACCUAAACAAAUUUGUUGCCUUCAGACCCUCAAAAGCUUACACUAUGAAUUGUUAUUUACUUAGUAAUAAAGAGGUAUUUUUCUACUAAGUUUAAAAAAAUAUGCCACUGCGUGAUUUACUUUAAAAACUUCUAAUUUGCUAAAGAAUGUGUGCUUUAGUGGGUAUUGAAUGUAUUCAAAAAGAGUAGCACCUGUCCUCAUACAAAACACGGGAUAAUUUUAGGACAACUUAAAAUUAUUUUGUGAAUAAGUUCAGUGUUUGCAGAGGUUUGAAAGAUGUUUACUAUGCUUUCCAAUGAAAUAUAUAGUUAGCAAAUUCUGCAACAUGCUCUUUUGAACAUCUAGCACAGUAAAAUUUUCAAUGUAAUUUAUUAUGCAACAAUGAUUAUGGUGAUGCUAGGUUUGGAUCACAUUUGAGAAUUAGCAGUAACAAGCUACUGCAAAUGUUAGUCUGUAAAUAGUUGCGAAUUUGAAAUAUUUGAAGUACCAUCACAUAUGGUACAUUCUUUGAAGGUGAAGUACAGUUGAUAUUAAAUCUUGCCCAUCUGUAGCCUCGUGUUGCUUUUGUGCAAGACAAGCACACAAUUACAAGUUCUCCAUAUAUUAGUUGUUAAGUACUAGUUGUAGUUUACAAAUGUGUUCUUUUGGUUCAUGUUCAGAUCUGUACAAUGUAACGUUAGGUUUUUUUGACGGGAUAUGUUUAAUGGUACAUCUCGAAAGUAUUACAGAAUGAACGCAUUUUUCUUCAGCAUAUCGCAUGUGUGGCUUUUCUUUAGAAGUUAACCUCGUAACACGAUUUUUAAUAGUGUUUGCUAAUUGUGACACGACAUUGUUGUGUAGAAGCGUUGUCAAGGAGCCAAGGUUGAGCCGCUUGCUUUAAACAUACCUUAGAACGAAGAUGUGUAGAUACACUAUUAAUAAAAUGUUUUGUAAAGAAAUAUACAUAUACCACGUUAAAAAUAAUUGCCAAAAAUAUAUUUGAUGUGAAUAGUGAUUUUAAUGUAAUCAUUUCAUUGAAUAUGAAUGGUUUAACCUUCUGGCAAUAAAUGUGUAAUUUAGAAUUCCU